AUGGGAGAGAGUACCAUUAUUGAUCGUGAUGCACUCACUGAAUCACAGAAAUGGUCAUAUAUUACGGACAACACAUUGAAAAUGAUGAGCUUGGGAUUUCUGUGCGGCGGUGCCGUUUCAAUGGUUGUAUUUCGCUCGGUCGCGUCUCGCGCAGCCGUCACCGCAUUCGGGACAGGGUGUGGCAUUGGGAAGUCGUACGUCGAUACGAAGUACAUUUUAGGUCAUGAUGUUGCAGCUGAAACAGUCUGGUCUGCGCAAGUAGCACCACCAAAGAGUAGCACGUAA